AUGGAGGUCCACGCCCGCAUCAUCAACGCCGGCCUCGACAAGGAUGAAUCGCAGCUUCCCCCCGGCUACCGCUUCUACUCGUCCAUCCCCAAGGCGCCCCCGAACUGCAGCUGGCGGUGGGACAUAGAGACGCAGCUGUGGGCGUCGUUCGACAAGGGCGGGGCCAAGUGCAGCGACCUGACUGAUGGCUUGAAGUACGCGGUGGGAAUUACCCACCUGCCCACGGGCUGGGAGAUUGGCUACAACCAUUUCGUGGGCCGCCUCGGCAUGAAGCUGCCGGAGACCGCCCGGCUGCUGGCAAGAAGCUGGCCGGACACCUACUCGUUCAGCUGGGGCCUGGGGACGCUGACUCAUGCUGACAGCGCGUCGCAGCUCUGGAGGUCUGGGCUCAAGGCGUCCGCGCUCUGCAAGAAGAGCGCGGCGGGCUAG